UGUAAAGGGAGGGGCGAAAGGCUCGCGCCUCCGCGCGUGUCGCGGCCCGCGCAGGCGCGACGGAAGAAGGGGUGGUGGUAGUAACCGAGGCCGAGGCGGCUCUCCGUUCAUUCCAGAGCCACAAUGAAGCAGCAGCCGGUGGCCGCGGCGACGAAUACGGGAGGCGCGACCGCAGUCCCGGCCUUUCUGACUAAACUCUGGACGCUGGUGGGCGACGCGCCGAGUAACCAGCUUAUCACCUGGAGCCAGAAUGGCCAGAGUUUCCUUGUGUUGGAUGAACAAAGGUUUGCCAAAGAGAUUCUUCCAAAGUACUUCAAACACAACAACAUGGCAAGCUUUGUGAGACAGCUAAAUAUGUAUGGCUUCCGUAAGGUAGUCCAUGUUGAUUCAGGCAUUGUGAAAUUGGAAAGGGAUGGUCCUGUUGAGUUCCAGCACCCCUACUUCAAACAAGGACGGGAAGACCUACUGGAACAUAUUAAAAGAAAGGUUUCAUCUUCAAGGCCUGAAGAAAAUAAAAUACGCCAGGAAGACCUGUCUAAAAUCAUAAGUAGUGCUCAGAAGGUGCAAAUUAAACAAGAGACUAUUGAAUCCAGGCUGUCUGCUCUGAAGAGAGAAAAUGAAUCACUUUGGCGGGAAGUAGCAGAGCUGAGAGCAAAGCAUCUACACCAACAGCAAGUUAUCCGAAAGAUUGUACAUUUCAUUGUUACCCUUGUUCAGAAUAAUCAGCUAGUGAGUUUGAAACGUAAACGUCCCCUGCUUUUGAAUACUAAUGGAGCUACAAAAGCCAGUGUAUUCCAGCAGAUAGUCAAAGAACCACCAGAAAACAAACAUGUACCACACAAUAGGAAUGAUGGCUUAAAGCAGAGGGAACAGCUUUCAGAUGAUAUUAUUAUUUAUGAUAUUACUGAUGAUGGUGAUGAAGAAAAGGCUCCAGUUACUCCAGAAACCAGUGAGGACAUUUCUUCAGACUCAAACUAUAGCCCUGAUAUUGUAAUAGUAGAAGAUGACAAUGAGGAUGAUUAUGCUCCUAUAAUCCAAGAAAAUGGAAAUGCUGAACCAAUCACUAUUCCAUCCACUGAUACUGUCAGUCCUUCCACAGAUGGUACAAACCCCUUAAUGUCCAGUGCUGUUCAGUUAAACAGUCAAUCAGCCUUAACAGCAGAAGACCCAGUCACAAUGAUGGACUCUAUACUCAAUGAGAAUGGAGUGAUUUCACAAAAUAUCAAUCUUCUUGGAAAGGUGGAACUCUUGGAUUAUCUUGAGAGCAUUGAUUGCAGUUUAGAGGAUUUCCAGGCUAUGCUUUCAGGACGGCAGUUCAGCAUAGAUCCAGAUCUUCUGGUUGAUCUUUUUUCAAGUUCCGUGCAGAUGAAUCCUACAGGUCAUAUCAGUAGUACAAAAGUGGAUACAAAAGGAAUUGACAAUAUGAAGAAUAAUGGUGCUCAGCAAGCUGCAGAAGAGGUGCCUAAUACUAACCCCAAAACAGAUAAACAGCUCAUUCAGUACACUGCGCUUCCCCUUCUUGCACUUCUUGAUGGAAAUCCAGGCUCAGUAGUAGAAAGUGCAAAUGGAGCACCAGAAUCUUUGUCCUCAGAAGAUAAACCAUUAGAAGUGGAUGAACUCCUGGAAAGUAGUCUGGAUCCCCAGCCAACCCAAAGCAAACUUGUUCGUCUGGAACCAUUGACAGAAGCAGAAGCUAGUGAAGCUACAUUAUUUUAUUUGUGUGAACUUGCUCCUGUGCCAAUGGACACUGAUAUGCCCUUGUUGAACAACUAACAUGAAGAGAGUUGAAACUAUUUAUUUAGGCUAUUGUUUGCAAUCUAUCUUUUGUAAAUGGCAUUUUGUGAGAUCAGCUAAUGUGGAAUCACUUUUUUCCCACAAAGUCCAUGUGAGUGGUUUGAACAUUUAUACAAACCGUCAGCAGUUUCGUUCACACUAGUUCAUUUACACUUCUAGUACUGUCAUAUUUGGAAUUAUAUAUAUUCAAGAUAUAGCAGGUAAUCAGAUGGUCUAUAUUAACCACUUGCAAUUUUUCUUGUUCACUUUUGGUCCUAUUGUAUGAAUGAUGCAAGUAAUUCUGGAUGGCUGUAGCACUCCAGAGUUUUAUUCUUCUGUACUUUAUUUUCUAUUUUUACAACUUUGUUUAAAUAAAACUGUGUUAGGGGACCAGAACUUAAA